CGCGGAUCGGCCGCGAGCCGGCGAGGCCACCCCCCCCACCCCGGGCACCGCCGCUAUGGCUGGGCCCGGCCUCUGGACGAGCAUCAAGUCCCUGCUGCGGAGGAGCGAGGACCCCUUGUUCCUGAACGACUCCAGUGCCUUUGACUUCUCGGACGAGGUGGGGGACGAGGACUUCCCCCGGUUUAACAAGCUGCGCGUGGUGGUGUCGGACGACGCCUCGGAGGCGGCCCCGGAGACGCCGGUGAACGGGACGCCCCUGGGCCUGCCCUCCGACGACGAGUCCCUGCUGGACCGGGACAUCGCCCUGCGCAGCGCCCGGGCCGGCCGGCCGGACCCCUGCAGCAGCUGCAGCAGCCGGCGGGAGCGCUCCAAGCAGAGGAAGGUGAAGAAGCGGCUGACGCUCGCUGCCCUCCUCUACCUCCUCUUCAUGACGGGGGAGCUCAUAGGUGGAUAUGUUGCUAACAGUCUAGCAAUUAUGACAGAUGCACUUCAUAUGUUAACUGACCUUAGCGGUAUUAUUUUGACCCUGCUUGCUCUCUGGCUGUCUGCAAAAUCUCCCACAAAGAGGUUCACUUUUGGAUUUCAUCGUUUAGAAGUAUUGUCAGCCAUCAUCAGUGUAUUGCUGGUCUAUAUCCUUAUGGCAUUCCUCUUGUAUGAAGCUGUUCAAAGAACUAUCCAUAUGGACUAUGAAAUAAAUGGCGAUAUCAUGCUGAUUACAGCAGCGGUUGGUGUUGCAGUUAACUUAAUAAUGGGUUUUUUGCUGAAUCAAUCUGGCCACCUUCACUCCCACUCCCAUUCCCACCCUCACUCUCACGUACCUCAGUCGAACUCUCCUAACACAGCCCACAGCAGUAGCCAUGGACACAGCAGCCUUGCCGUGAGAGCAGCAUUUGUACAUGCCCUUGGGGACCUGGUACAAAGUAUUGGUGUGCUCGUAGCUGCAUAUAUCAUACGCUUUAAGCCAGAAUACAAGAUUGCUGAUCCUAUAUGUACAUACGUAUUCUCCAUACUGGUGGUUUUGACAACAGUUCGAAUUCUGUGUGACACAGGAGUUAUUAUUCUGGAAGGAGUUCCAAGGCAUUUAAAUGUGGAUCGCAUUAAGGAAGACUUGAUGAAAAUUGAAGAUGUUUAUUCUAUAGAAGAUUUAAAUGUUUGGUCUCUCACUGCAGGAAAAACAACUGCCAUAGUCCACUUGCAACUAGUUCCUGGUAGUUCAUCUAAAUGGGAGGAAGUUCAGUCCAAGGCCCGACACCUGCUGCUGAACACAUUUGGAAUGUACAAGUGCUCUGUCCAGCUUCAGAGUUACAAACAGGAAACGAGCAAAACCUGCGCAAGUUGUCAGAGUUCCAGUGCCUAAUUUCAUAUGUUUUGGGAACUGCUGCCUUAUUCUUUAUCUUGUAGUCAAAGACUGAGAGCAAUAAAUGCAAAAUUAAAAUGAUCAAAUAGAAAUCAUUAAUAUGUGGAUUUGUACCAUGUAACAUGCAGCAGGGAGAACUGGUGCUGCAAAAAGUGCAGUGGUUGCCCUACAGAACAUGCAUUUCACUCUAUCCCUUGUACUGGUUUAUCCAAUUUAUUAUGAUUUUGAGACAAAGCUGUUUUCAGAUUAUUGUUUACAAACUGCAACGUGGCUCUGCAGAUACCUCACAAAUUACAGUCCAUAUUGUCCUUCAAUAAUAUGUACCACAAAGUACCUGCACUCCAAAUGGAGCAUCAAGUAUUCAGUAUUUCAAUUAAAGUCUCUAAUGUUGAUCAUGCCAGGGUUCCAUAAUAUAUCAUGAUCCCUGAAUUCAUUAUACAGUAUUUUUGCAAUAGUAAUUUUCAUACAGUAUCUUAAACCAUAAUGCAUACAGUACUAGUUGAAUUCUUUUGGAAACUGUCUCUUUGGAGACACUGCAAAAUACAGAAUUCACUAUACCCAGACCAGAAAGUUAGCUUUAAUCUGGGCACUCAGAGAUCCAGACAGGAAGAUCCUUGCCCAGACUUCUGGUAUUUAACUGGAGACCUGACACUGGACCCAAAGUGUUUUAAGUGAUCAGUUAUCUUUAAUGUAUUUUAGAAUAGGGUUUAUACAUUAGAAACAGGUUAUUUAUUUUACAAAGUUUUGACUUGCAAGAUGAAUUUAUUAUUAAUAAUAUCUUGAAUGUCAACAUUUGAUUCACAUUAAAAGGCCAGUUGAUUAGCACGCAUUCUAAUUAUAAUUAAUAAAUGUCCUGUAAUUGAUCAUUUUUCCAUGAUUGUUUUGUUUUAAAAGAAAAGUCAAAUGAUAGAAACUAUGCUUGAUGUGGAGAUACUCCCAAACACAAUCUACAGACAUGUAAAAUACAUGCAUCUAACAGGAAAGAGUUUUAGAUAUGUACUAUUCCCUCAGUCACAGAUCUCUGACCUUUUUUCAUCUUUGCUUUGAGCACAGGAUGGCAGUAUCCCGACAGGAAUGCCUCUGCAAUAGCAGUCCCCACUACUUGGCUUUAUGAAUAAAGCAAAAUCCAAGCAAGCUCAGUAACCUAAUGGUGCUGGACAACAAUAUCAUAAUAUUGUUUUCGACAAUAAUAUAAUGACCUACAGAGGUAGAAAGGCCUUUUCUUAUUCAUAGAGAGAUGAGGCAAUUUGAAAAGACUAUUUAUUCAUCCGGACACCUUGAAGUUCACAAAACUGAAUUGCUUAGUCUCAUGGUGGAAUCCCUGUACUUUGAAUGUACAUGGGAUGAUAAAACCUGACACUGAGCUAUUAUCAAGCUCCAAUUUACACCUGCUUCUGAAGUAAUUUCCAUUGAAGAAGCUAAGCGCAACAAGAAUAUGACCUGCAGAGUUCAGAAGAUGGGAAGAACUUGGCUUCAAAUAUUUUUUGCUUAUUCUGUACUUUGAUCUUUAUGCAGAACUUCCACUGACAUCAAAAGUAGUUCUCUAUGUGGAUCAGAAAGGAAAAUUUUUGCCCAGUAAUGGAUAUUGUGAUACUCAGCUGUGAAUACUUAAGCUAUUGCCUGUUUUGAAACUUGCUAGGGUUUCACAUAUUCAUCAGGCUCGUUUAUACCUGCAAUUGGUUGUAACAAUCUUGGCUUCUUUUCUCCCCUUUUUUGAGGUAGGGGUCACAUGAUGAGUUUUUAUUGGUGAAAACUGACAGUACAGUAUUAAUUUGGACAAAGUACACAUAACACUGGAUUAUGUUUAUGUCUGUUCUGGUAAGAAGUGGGAACACUUCAGUACAGCAUGGGAGCACAUACAGCUCAGAGGCAAAGUAGCACUGUACUUGGGAAGUUAAUGCUUCAAUACAAACACUAUCAUUAAUUAAGUCAUAUCACAGUUCAUGAAAAAUGUGCAUCCUGUCCUUACAAACUUACUGGAAAAAAAUACCACAAACAAACAACAGGUAUUUUGCACAUACUAAUACUCAAAUAGGUUUUAAUUAAAUUGGGGUUUACAAUUGAUGUAAUUAGAAGUUGAAGUACAGUAGACAUGUAUUGUAUUUGGAGUUUUUUAAUAAUUUACUACACAUUUGUUUAAUUGAAGAAAAAAGCAGAAGUGUGUUGCUUUAUUGUGGGUUUUAUUAAAUCAAUUAUUAAACUUCACAUUGCUGUCUUACAUUUAUUUGUAUUGCUAUCUCUUGUCAUUAUCUUUGAUUCUUACAGCAGCUGUUUUUUGAAAUGUCUGAACACUCAAGCUUAACUCAGUUUGGAGAUGCUAUAUAUAGAAUGAAUUAUGUCUCCCUCUUCAGUCAGAAGAAUUUAAGUCUUGUUAUUUCCCAAGCAAUAAUUGCACUUUAGAAAAUAUAAGCUGACAAAGUAUGGUGAAGGAUCAGCCAUAAAGCGACUGGCAAAACAUUCUUGAAACCCUACAUUAACCCUUGAGGGGCCCUUGUUAUCAAGGUCUAUAGACUGGAAGGAGUUCAGAGAAAAAGCAACAGAAGUUGAAAUGAGAAUAAAGAAUAAAAGAGUCAGUGCUCAGGGAGGCUCUGAAGCAUACAUUCCCUGUAUUAAGGUCUAACUAAACUCACAUGGAAAUGUAUAUCUGUGUGGCCUACCUCUAAUCCUUUUCUUAUUCUUUUUGAAUUAUUCAGGGCACAGGUUGUCUGGCACUGCUAAGUUUAAUCUAAGAAUCCAGUAUUCUUCUGAAUCUGCUAUUAAUCAGCAUCAAAAGGAAUACGCAUAUUUUCACUUAUAAUACUCCAAGUGAUGGAAUAAAUGAGCACAACAGAACUAUAAAAAUAACCAAGUAGAAAUAAUCAGUACACUUACUUACUUAUAAGGCUAGAGAAAUACUCAGAAAAUAACAUUGAUUUGCAAACAAACUACCAGGAAUUUAUGAUCUAAUACACAGUAACAGUACUCUGGAAGCGUAAGUGACUAUAAAAGAAGUUAUUUUUAUAGACAUUGCAAGGUCAUUUUCAGUACCAGCUUAGAGGAGAGGGGCCUUAGUAUAAAUAAGAAUAAGGUCUAAUGUCUUUCCAAGCAGCUCUCCAGCACAUCCAGAUUAUUUUACAUGGCAAAGAUCAUCUACACUCUUACACCAUUCUUUUCCUUCUACAAAAUCCUCUGCUUGAAAUGAAAAUGCAUUUACUUAAUGGGAUUUCUCUCUAACCAAGAGACUUGUAAGAUUGGAGCAGGUUUCCACAAGUAGUAUCCCUGCUUUCCACAGCAGUGCUGCAAUGCUCUUGCUGACUGAACAGCUGAAAUCCUGUGAAAAUUCUGCCACCUCUAACAGUCUACAUUGGGAAGAGAUUUUUCCUUUCUUAAUCUCUGAUUGUCACCCAUCCUUUUCUAAAGCAUAGAUACAGCUUUGAUGACAACCUACUCCUAUGAGUCAAUGAAGCAUUUUUAUAUCGAGUAGACUGCAAACCCUCACAUCCCACUCUUCUAUUCUGAAAUGUUCUUAUCCUAAGAAGAAAAUUAACAGAAACCCAUCUUGUUUCUUAAUGUUUUCCUUGCUUAAUUCUGUGGGGUUUUUUGUUUGGGUGGUUUUUGUUUUUGUUUUUUUUUAAACUGUGUUGACAUUUAGUCUCUUCAAUACCAGCAGCAUUUCUUUCUACACCAGCAGAAUUACCAUUUAAAAUGUCAUACCUGAAUCUCAUCUUCAAUUACUUUACUACUGUACGUAUCUGCUAUUUCUUGCAGAAUCACUCCCAACUGGCAGAAUGACUAAGAAAAGCAGUAGGCUAGCAUUUAAAAGUAGUUUUCUGACAUAAAAUAAAAAAACCCCAUAAGACACCCACCAACUAAUGAGCGGUAAGUCUUUUGUUCAGGUAUUUGGCAGAAUCUCAUGACAACACUGUGGUGAUGCUGCCUAGAGCAGGGCUGUUAAGUAUUAUUUCUCUCUACAGAUACAAGAAUUUCAUAAAUGAAGAUAGGUUGUUGGGUAAUUAGAUAUGAUAUGUACUGCAGCAGCUUCCUAGACUUCAAUAAGCUAGUCCAUUGCCAGAGAAGUUCCCUUGAGUUUUCAAGGGGAGGGGACAAUUCACUGUAAAUACCCAGCUCAUUUCCCUCUAUCCAUCCAAAACUGCAUCGCCAAGCUCUUUUUUCUUUCUGGUUGCUCCAAGCACAUUCGGUUGUUACAGGAGUUAGCACACCUAGCUCAAAUGUCAUGUUGCAUCAGCACUUCGCAUUAUGCCACCACUCUCUGCUUCUCUCACCUCAUUUUCUUGCGAUACUCUACCCUCUCCACAGUUUCACUAAUAAUGUCCAGCUUGCACCCUGUGCACCUGCUGUUUACGUGGUCACUAGGAGCUUCUCAUGCAGCACGGGGUGUGAAACACCCCCAAACAACUUGUAAGGCCUGUUCUAUUCAAAUACAUGCUUGCCCAAAGUCCGUUUCCUCUUUGAUCUCUAGAUGAAAAAAAACUUCUAGCCAUCAAGUUGCUAACUCACAAGGAAGACCUAAUCUGAAAGCCUCUAGAUUCACUUUCUACCUUAAAAAAAAUAAAACAAAUGUCCUUCAUCUUCCACACCCUUAAUCCCCUUUCCAGCUUCACCUCAUCUUCCCCUUCUUUGUAACACAUCAUGCCGGGCACUAAUAGAUACUCUCUGUGCUCUGGAGCUAGCAAAUCCCCUUCUGUUCUACUCUUCUCAUUCCAUUUUCCAUGGCUGAAUGCUCUGGGAAGGACCAUACAUGCUCUUUCGUUCUGUGAAACACCUGACACAACUUUGGAAGCUGCUAGAAUAAAUACUUACCUUUUCUAUUUGCUGCUAUCCAGCUACCACAGCAAUCUGCUCUUAUAAUGCACACAUACCUGCCUUCUAUGUUUACAGCUGUAAAAUAAUGACAUCCAAAUCAAUAUUUUUGCUCUUCUAUCUCUAUUUUCCUUUUCUCCAUCGUGUUCUGCUUUUUUGUCUCAGUAUCACACAGUUUCAAAAUGACUAGCGCUAAAUGUACGGGAUAAAAUAACUUAAUUGCUUUUAUUACAGUUAUGAAGCAUUUACACCUUUUAUGGCAUCAAUUUCUGUAGGAAAAAAGUAUUUCAUAAACACAAGCAUAAUUUUAUCUAUAUGAUGACAGCUUUAUGAUUUCCUUACUAUUAUACCCGGUGAAAAGAUAAGUUGUUUUUCUGAUUGUGACUAGCCAGUACAUGAGUGUACAUAAAACCAGUUAAUGCUAUCUGUCCAGAGCGUGUUUCACAUUAAACUCAGUACUGAUAUAUACAGGGAUUUUUUAUUAAGCUGAUGAAUACAUAAAAGCAGCCAGAUGCCAAGCAGACAAGAAAUAUGCUUUUGUCUCAGGUGCAUUAAAAGCACCCAAGUCCCUGCACUCUUCCUAUUUCUUUUUCCCCAAAACACAAACACAGAAAUUAUCUAAUAAAUGCCUAAAUAAAUUGAUGAGAUGUAAAUGUAAAAAAUAGCUAUUUAAUUCUAGUAACUGGCCUUUUGAAUUACAAUAGAUUUUUUGCAAAAAACACCAUAAACAAACAUUUUCAUAGUUAAGAUGAUGCUACAUAUUUGAACCUAGCAUACAAUUACUCUUGAUUUUUUUUAUAGAUUUCAUGUGUUCCCUCUUUCCAAGCCCACUGUAAGAACAAGUCUGACACAAAACUACAAAUACUCUCCCCUCUGAACUGUCAGCCUUCAAGGCCUUUCCCGAGUUUACCAGGAGAUGGUGCACUAGUCCCAGCUUUAAUAAACAGAGCUGUGUACUGAAUAUAACUAUUCAAACUUCUACUUUUCAAAGGAAUAUACUUUGUUGCAAAUUUAAAAAAAGUCUUAUUAGUAAGUAAAAAAAAGUCUUAAUUUUUCCUAAGGAUAACACACGGAAUUUAACUUUAUCAUGGAUGCAAUAAGGAAAAGCACAAACCUAGCACAUAUUUGCUAAUCAAUUACUGGGAAGGGCUUAAGAUACUUCUUAAAGGCCUAUACAGGUAAAUAUCAUGGAAUACAACGUGCAAAUGCCUCCCUCCAGUUCCAAGUAUGUAAUAAAAAAAUUGUAUGAGUGGAAAUUAGUUGUAGCUAUGGGUAUCUGAAAUGCAAUUAGAACAAAUUAUAUUCAUUAAUGUAAACAAUAUAAGUUAUCAUGCAAGCCCUUUGUUUCUAUGAAAAUAAGUAUUGCUUCUUUGGGGCGCUGAAUUCAUGUUUCCAGGACAACAGAUACUUCCAUCUGAAACUGUCUGCUUUUUUAUAAAGGAUCUGAUGACACUUCCAAUCAGAAACAUACACAGAGGGAAGCAAUUUUGUUUCAAAAUAGGCAGAUACAAUUAUAAAUGUAGAAUAUCAUUGUGUUUACACACUGCUGCAAUUGCAAGUAUAAUGUUGCCUUUUGAUCUAGUUGAACAGGCUUCACAGAGAGAAAAUACAGAUGGCAGAGGCUGAAAAACUCAGAACCACAACUUCCUUCCAGUAAGUCUUCUUUCAUUUCUUCAAGCUAUUAAGCAAUUCUGUAUUUUCUACUUCUGCAGAAGACACACACCUCCAAUUGGAAACGGAAAUUGCCCAACCAAUUACAGACACUGGUUUCUUUCUGCUUAGAUAUUUGCUUUAAACGUAACUUAGAUGGAACAAAUUAUGAUGGUUUUCAGGCAGCCUAGCUGCUUGGACUUGCCACAGAGCAAAGGUCAAGUCGUAUCAUAGGAAAUUUAAAAGAAAGUAUUUCUUUGCAUACCAAAAAGUUAAAGGGCCAUGUGCAGUGAUCUGUAAAUGAAGAUAUGUUUUAGAUACACUCACUUGUGGAUAGCUAUGCAGGAUAUCACAUUAAAUUAGAUCUAUUAACUGUCUUUGUAAAGCAGCAAUGAAAGCAGAAUAUUAUUCUUCCACACUUGGACUUACUACAUCUGAAGGUGCUCUGGAGGAAUGAUUGAGGGAAGAGGUAAUCCCUGAUUUUAGCUAUCAGAGAUAGAAAGAAACAGCUCACAGAGCAGGAGUAAUAACAAAAUUAAAUCCUACUAAUAGGCCCACCAACUGCUAUGGCUAAGUAAGAGUAUUCAUACUGCAGUUUGGUUGUGGUGGUUUUUCUUGAUACUUUGUUGAUGCUACAAGGUGUGUUUGUGUACAAAAGAGGAAGGAGGAAAGAAAACAGAUAAAGACAGAUCAUGUGGGUACUGGAGCAACUGAAAAACAUUAGACUCCAUUACAUUACCAUGCAGCCAACUAUGGAGCAUACUUAUAUUUCUGGAUCAAAUUGUGGUGGUCACAAAUGAAGUCAGUACCAAUUUCUUUUAUAGAUUGCAGCAUUAGUUGAUCUGUUGUGCAGUUCAACUAGGAUGUCUGAUGUUAGUCAUUUUUCUCUUAAGCAAGGUACGUUUUACCCAUCUAGCCCACACCACACACAUACAUUACUGAUGCUAAGAAAAAAAAAAAAAAAAAUAAUUGGAGCGUUACCCCCAUCUCCCUUCUUUGUUGGGUUGCCAUAUUUUUAUCUCCUUAGUGAAGAAGAAAAAAGCCCAAUAGGUAAAGAAGUUCUCUUAGCUUUUGACUUUCGUAACUCUGAUUACACAUUUCUUCAACAAAUGCUCAUCUCUAGCUGCAGUAAUACCUUUGUGCUUUAGUGUUUGUUAUUGAGGAAUGUACAUUACAUGUGUGGUACAGCCAAACAGACAACUGUGAGGAUUUCUAAAAACAGAUAGGAAGGUCAAACGCUUUGGUUCUUUAUUGAGUGAAUCAAUCUAUGACUUAGACGGCAAUUUUGUUUAUUUAAAGCACUCACCCACAGAGGAUAUAUACAUUUGUCCUUUACACCUAUCAAAAAGUUAUACGCUCAACACACACCGCAAACAGAAACUUCCAUGUAUCACCCUGUUCUGCAUACUACAACAGCUUCCUCUUUGAACUAAUACACAUAGAGGAACUUGAGCAAAGACAUGCCUGAUCCUUAAAUGUUUUUAUUUCUCUUAAGGAGAGAAUUUUCAAAAAACACAUACUAGUACAUAUACAUCAACCACUAGAAGUUUUGUUAUAUUAAUUCCAUGCCCCCCUGAAAUCAGUAUAAAAACAUUCCCAUAACUUCAAACUAAUUUUAUUUUACAUCUACUUUGCACAACAUGGUAUUGUAAUAUUAAAAUUAUGGCUAAGAGUUUGGCAAUGAGGUAAUGAACAGGACUGCAAGUCAUCAUGACUGGGAUUUUGCUGUGUAUUUCUGCUUUUGGGAGUAAGGUGGAUACCGCAGUCUAAGCCAAACUCUGUUUUCUGACCAUAGCAGGUUUCAUUCAAAGCACUUCACAAGAGGAAAAAUAAAAGACAGUAAAGGCAGCAUAAUGCUAAUGUAUCAUUUAAUAACGCUGACAGCAUUGGCAGCAUAAUGCUAACAGUAAUUUUAAAAAAUAUUCAGGCUUUACUGAAUUAGAAAGUCAUACAGCAGGAGGGAGAGAUGCAUCAUUAAAUGAAACAUUCUUAACAGCUUUAAUAGAAAAACUGUUUUCCCUUUGUUUUGAUAUAGUGAAUCAGUGAUUUAUUACAAGUAGAUGACUUUGCUUUUCUUUGGCAAACUGAUAAGAUUUUCCUGUUACUACUGGGGAUUACAACUAUCUGGAUUUUCUGCAUUUACUUCCUUGUUCGUGCAGUAGCAGCAAGUCUGGUAAAGGAUGGUGUUAUUAGUUACUUGCCUACUGCAAAUACAUUUAUUUCAAUUAAAGAAAUGCCAACAGGAAAUCAAGAAUGAGAAAGUUUUCCUAAAGUUGAAAGCUUAAACAUAUUUAUUUACACUUAAGAAAUUUUUCAAAUUUGUGUGGCUUUCUGACCUCUCAGCUAAUCUGUUUGUAUCCACAGCUACCCCCAUUUGCCCUCUAUACAUCACACAAUGUAAUAUUGUGUUGAAAUAAACUGCAUCUGUUAAUGCAUCAUGUUGACCCUACAUGAAUUUUGCAAUUAAAAAUCCACAUAUUCUACAAUACUGAAACAGGAAGACAAAGAACUUCAGCUUUUCACAAACACUGUGCUGUUAACAAUCUGUGUAACAAUCUAGUGGGGUGAUAAGGUGGGCAUUCCUCACUUACACUCACAACGUGCAUCAGUCCUUUCCAAAGAUGAAAUACAGUUCUGUGCAAAAGGCCAAUGAAGCACUCGAGCCCGCAGUCACUAGCAGUCCACUUCUGGUCUACCAGAACAGAUUGGUCUCAUGCCAAAUACCAAACAAAAGAGUAAAAUGAUAAAAAGUAGCUUGAAAACCAAAGAGUCCUGGAGAACAGCUGUAACCAUAAAGUGGAAUGGCAGGCAGCUCUGCCUUGUGACUGCAUCAUUUAAUACAUGUUCCUUUACGCAAUGCCGACUGGAUUGCUACAGAGCUCUGGUCCCCGCAGUCUAUUUUUGGUGCUGUAUCCUAUUGACUUUUCCUCCUGAGUCUGUAGAUCCUCAGUUUGCCACCAUCUGGUAACAACAGUGCCUGUGCAGAAUUCCCACUCACUUCAGCAGGGAAUUCUGCUUAAAAAAAAAAAAAUCAAUUGCUGUGAAAAAGUCCCAAGUUUAAGAGCUAUCAUCUCCUGGCCCUGCUUCAGCAACACUUGGGGUCAGUGAAGUCAGCAAGUCUGGCUGACUGAGAGCUAAGUGAGUUUGAACUUAAAGAAAUUACAUUUUCCAAUUU